AUGGUGUUUGACAUCCUUACAACUACCCACGAACAUAGGGGUACAUUUGAAUUUUCCACUUUUCCAACUGUUUCUAUUGAGAGAUUCCUUCCCCCAUCUCUAACAGCAAGAUUGGAACCAAAGAUAAAUUAUCAGUCAAAUCAGAGCAAAACCCCGAACGAGCCCAAUUCUUCGAAUUAG